AUGUCUACAAUUACCAAUUUUCAAACAAUCAAUCCUUUUUUUGAUACAGGCGAUGAUGAUACACAUCUUAGAAGUUACAUUCAUAUUAGAAUUCAACAACGUAAUGGACGUAAAACGCUUACAACAAUUCAAGGAUUACCAUUGGAAUAUGAUCAAAAACGUAUUCUUAGGGCGUUAAAGAAGGAUUUUGCGUGUAAUGGCACAAUAGUUAAAGAUGAUGAAAUGGGAGAAGUAAUUCAGCUUCAAGGAGAUCAACGUGCUAAGGUGAUGGAAUUUUUAACAUCCCAAUUACCUAUUCAAAAGAAAUCUGUUAAAGUUCAUGGAUUUUGA